AUGAAUGCUACAGAUGGUUCGAUGAGAGGAAUGAAAGUAAUUGAUACAGGAGGUCCACUUAGUGUUCCAGUUGGUGAAACUACUCUUGGAAGAAUUUUUAAUGUUCUUGGGGAACCUAUUGAUGACUUAGGUCCUAUAGAUGCUCUCACAAGAUCUCCUAUUCAUAGAUCUGCUCCCGCCUUUACACAAUUGGAUACCAGAUUUUCAAUCUUUGAAACAAGCAUUAAAGUAGUGGAUCUUUUAGCUCCUUACCGCCAUGGGGGAAAAAUUGGAUUAUUUGGGGGAGCUGGAGUGGGUAAAAACAGUGUUAAUUAUGGAAUUAAUCAACAACAUUGCUAA